GGGUCAUCAUUGCAUGGUAUAAAGCUGUGCAAAACCAAACGCUAACGCAUAUCAUCAAAUACCUUUGACAGGUACAAGAAUGUGGACAUUCAAUUGUUUUUUCGUUUUUCUGACAAUACUACAGGGGGUGUUUUUACAAGGAAUGCGGCCACCACCCUGCGGUCCGCCUCCUCAAGACAAACCAUUCGAGUGCUGUAAAAUACCACAACUGUUUAAUGAAGAGGAUCGAAAAGAAUGUGGUGUUGAUAUAGCCGAGAGUAGAGAGCAAGCAUCUAGACCUGAUUGCUCCAAACUAGUGUGCCUGUUUAAAAAAAACAAGUUAAUGAAAGACGAUAAUACAGUGGAUAAAGAAGCAUUUGCAGCCUUUGCAGAUAAAUGGGGUGAAGAAAACAGUGAUUUUAAAGAUGCUGUUGAAUUAGUGAAGAAAAACUGUUUAAAAGAUGAUGGGCCAAAGGGAGCAAUGUUCUGUGAACCGGGGAAAAUUGUUGGUUGCAGCUUUUUUGUUACCUUUGAUAAUUGUCCUAAUUGGGAAAAGAGCGAUAAAUGCAAUGACGUCAAAGAAUAUAUGCAGAAAUGUAAAGAAAAGUUUGAAAACGCUUAAAUUUUCCUAUAUUUUUCUUGUACUUAUAUAAAUUUUAUUAUCUUAUAAACAAUAAAGCGUGCAUAGCCAG